AUGCGACAUCGGAUAACCACUAUAUUUUCUUUAACAAUAAUAUUAUUUACAAUUUACACCUUAGAAUAUCAGAUUACGCCAGAUAUCAAGGAUGAUGCUGACCAUGAACAGAAUCCUGUUACUCGGGAAAAACGUCAAGUGGAGAACUUUGAUUCCGAUGAUAUAUCAAGGCAAGAUGAACAAGAACCUGGGUUCUGGGAUAGGGUAGUUAAAGUUGCAAUCAGACUGUUCAACAAAUUCAUAGAAUGGCUAAAUUCAUCUUAG